AUGCCUGGUGAAGCCACAGAAACCGUCCCUGCUACAGAGCAGGAGUUGCCACAGCCCCAGGCUGAGACAGCUGUGCUUCCUGUGUCUUCAGCCUUGAGUGUCACUGCUGCCUUAGGGCAGCCUGAAUCUACCCUUCCCCCUCCUUGCUCCCUGGCCCCCCAACAAUGCCCUCUGGCAACCCCUAACCAGCCUUCCCCAUUCCUUUCUCCCUCUAGUGUUGUCUCAACCCCUUUUGAAGCUCCUUUUCCCCAGUCAUCCUCUGGAACAGCCCUGCCUUUGGGAGUUUCCCCUUCCCCCAAUGAUACCCCAACUUUCCUACCAAACCUGAUAGGGCCUCCCAUAUCUCCAGCUGCCUUAGCUCUGGCCUCUCCCAUGAUAACUCCAACUGUGAAAGGUGCCCAUUCCUCUUCAGCUCCCUUGGCUCUGGUGGCUUUGGCUCCCCACUCAGUUCAGAAGAGCUCUGCUUAUCCACUUAACCCUCUUAGUUCACCUCCUUUGAUUGCUGUGACUGAGUCAGGGUCAGUGACAUCUCUGUCUGCUCCCAUUGUUUCCUCAGAACCAAAGACCUCUCCUAUCCAAGCUCCCGUGCAAGUAGGCCCUAACCCAAAAGGCACCCCCAUCCCUCCAGGUAUAGUCAGUGCUGUUCCUUCCCAUCUUGGAACUCCCUUGGCCUCUGUUCAGUGUGGAGUAGCCUCAUGUCCUCAAAUGCCACCCAUCACUCCCCCAGCCAUCAUUCCCCCCCUGUUCAAAGACAUCCCUAUUUCCUCACAAAACCCUGAAGGCCUCAGCCUAAAGGGACCUCUUAGUUCACCUGCUGCGUUUCCUCUUUCCACCCAGUCUGUAUCUGUGGCUCCCACCGUCCCUCCAGUUUUCCUCACUUCUCUAGGCUCUCAUCUUGCACCUUUACAUCAGAGUUCUCUUGGUUCUCCCUUAGGUCAAACAGGCCUUAAUGUUCUGUCAAAUUCUAAAGUAGAUGCCGUUUCUGCAGAUCAUUCUCCCGUAGGGGCCUCUUACCCUUCUCAGAUUCCUCCCCUUCCUUCCAGAAAUGAGGUGGCUCCUGCUGCUGUGGCUGCUUUUCCAGUGGGGGCUUCAGCUGCCCCUCUGGCUCUUUCUGUUGAGAAAGACCCCUCUGCCAUCACUGGCCUAGCUUCCUUCAGCCCUUCUGGCUCAUCAGAUGUAGCUACCUCUUCUCCAUUAUCUCCUACAGCCUCUCUCAUUCUGAAAGGCUCUCCUAAUGCCACUCAUCAUCAGCCUUUGGUGGCCCAAAUUCCUUCUCCUCCAGGGAGUCCAAGCUUGAAAGAAGCUCCUGUUUGUUCUGUUGGAACCAUCCCAUUUGUUAUGACUAACCCCUCUACAGUUUCUGCAGCACCUACUACCUUUGAGCUAGCUACUUGUAUGUCAUCUCCAGUUUCAUCCGGCCCCGUAAGUAGUAAGGACUCAGCUUCCCAUACUGCCCUGGUUAUGGCUCCUGUGGCUCCCAAAGUACUUUCUACUCCUCAAGUAACCCCUCUGGGAAUACCAGUCCCUCCUUCUCUGCCAGUCUCUGAGAACCCCAAAAGUCUCCCUGCAUCAGCAUUGGUAAAGUUACCGACACAAAAAGAUACCCAAACUGAACCUCCCUCUCCUACUGGAGCCCCUGUAUCACCAGCACAGGCAGGACUCCCUACCAAGAAAGACUCUACUCUAAUACCAUUGGCCCUGGCAACCCCUAAAAAUCCCCCCUCUCCCCAAAGUAUAUCAUCAUCUCUGGAGAUAGCUCUUUCUCCUGAAGCCACUUUAGCAAAGAAAAGCCUUGUAGAGCCUCCCCCCAUAGUUACGCCAGCCAGUACUGCUCCCUCUCCUCUGGGUGUUAACUCCCCAACCUCUAUAAUCAAGACAGAUCCUUGUGCAAGUCCAUACCCCACUAGUCUCCUUCUCAAAAGUUCUCUCCCUGCCCCAAACAUAGCUACAUUUCCUCUGGAACAUGCAGAAGUGGCUCCUACAAUUACCAAAGGUACCUCCACUUCUGCCACUACAGCCAACCCUUUUCUAGGAGAUGUCUCUUUAGCUCAUAAAAGCCACCCAGAUAAGAAGGGUAGUUCCACUCUUACUAUUUUACCUUUGGUUCCUCCAGCCUCUGAAAGUUGCCCUGUAGCUCCAACUGUGACUUUAUCCCCCCAGAAUGCUUCUGCUUUUCCAGUUGCCAUGGCACUAGCCCCUGAUAUUCCCAAGUCUGAGCUCUUUCCCUCUCUUCCUCCUCAAGGUGCAAAGAAAGCUCACAGUAUUUCUCAUACUUCUGCAUUGGCACCUGUGACUUCCUCUCCUGAAGGGCAUCCAACCAAGGACUCUGGUGCUUCUGUUAAUGCAUCUUCUAAAGGAGCUUACUCAGCUGACUCUCCAUCUCCUUUAGGGACUAGUGUGUCUCCUCAAACUAAAAGACGUCCAACCAAGAGGGGUUCAGCUCCUUCUACGACUUUAACUCUUUCUCCUCUUUCAAAAAGUGUUCCUGCUAUCCCUGAUAUUCCUGCUGGAAAUCACUCAUCCCCUAUUUCUCCAGUUGAAGCUUCCUUUCUUCCAGAGGCCAGUCUUUCUUUUCGAGUCCCUAAAGGGUCACUGGCCAAGAAGCAUUCCCCCACUCCAUCCCCCAAAGAGACCCCAGAUACCCCAUCGCCCAAAGAGGCCUUCACUCCCUUCACUCCAGCUGUGGUUCCUUCUUCCACCAAAGGAGCCCCAGCAACUUCAUCCCCCAAAAAGUCGCAAGCAGCUCCAGCCCCCAGAAGAGCCCCAGCUACUCCAUCUCCCAAAGGGACCCCCACUGCCCCAGCUGUGGCUCCUCCCUCCCCCAAAGGGGGCCAAGCAACCCCAUCCCCUAAAGAGACCUCUACUCCCCCAGCUAUGACUCCUUCCUCCCCCAAAAAGUCCCCAGCUACCCAGCCUCCCAGAGGGGCCCCCACCACCCAAGCUGUGCCUCUCCCCUCCCCCAAAGAGUCCCCAGCUACCCAGCCUCCCAAAAGAGCCCCAACUACUCCAUCUCUCAAAGGGGCCCCCACUGCCCCAGCUGUGGCUCCUCCCUCCCCCAAAGGGGGCACAGCAACCCCAUCCCCUAAAGAGACCUCCACUCCCCUGGCUAUGACUCCUUCCUCCCCCAAAGAGGCCCCAGCUACCCAACCUUGCAGUGGGGCCCCCACCUCCCAAGCUGUGCCUCCUCCCUCUCCCAAAGAGUCUCAAGCAGCUCCAACCCCCAAAAGAGCCCCAGCUACUCCCUCUCCCAAAGGGGGCCCAGCAACCCCAUCCCCUAAAGAGACCUCCACUCCCCUGGCUAUGACUCCUUCCUCCCACAAAGAGGCCCCAGCUACCCAACCUUGCAGUGGGGCCCCCACCUCCCAAGCUGUGCCUCCUCCCUCUCUCAAAGAGUCUCAAGCAGCUCCAGCCCCCAAAAGAGCCCCAGCUACUCCCUCUCCCAAAGGGGGCCCAGCAACUCCAUCCCCUAAAGAGACCUCCACUCCCCCGGCUAUGACUCCUUCCUCCCCCAAAGAGGCCCCAGCUACCCAAUCUCCCAAAGGGGGCCCAGCAACCCCAUCCCCUAAAGAGACCUCCACUCCUCCAGCUACGACUCCUUCCUCCCCCAAAGAGUCCCUAGCUACCCAAUCUCCCAAAAGAGCCCUAGCUACUCCAUCUCCCAAAGGGUCCCCCACUGCCCCAGCUGUGGCUCCUCCUUCCCCCAAAGGGGGCCCAGCAACCCCAUCCCCUAAAGAGACCUCCACUCCCCCGGCUAUGACUCCUUCCUCCCCCAAAGAGUCCCCAGCUACCCAACCUCCCAAAGGAGCCUCCACCCCCCAAGCUAUGGCCCUUUCCUCUCCCAAAGAGUCCCAAGCAACUCCAGCCCCCAAAAGAGCCCCAGCUACUCCCUCUCCCAAAGGGGGCUCAGCAACCCCAUCCCUUAAAGAGACCUCCACUCCCCCAGCUAUGACUCCUUCCUCCCCCAAAGAGGCCCCAGCUACCCAAUCUCCCAAAGGGGGCCCAGCAACCCCAUCCCCUAAAGAGACCUCCACUCCUCCAGCUAUGACUCCUUCCUCCCCCAAAGAGGCCCCAGCUACCCAAUCUCCCAAAAGAGCCCCAGCUACUCCAUCUCCCAAAGGGGGCUCAGCAACCCCAUCCCUUAAAGAGACCUCCACUCCCCCAGCUAUGACUCCUUCCUCCCCCAAAGAGUCCCCAGCUACCCAACCUCCCAAAGGAGCCUCCACAAGCCAAGCUAUGGCUCCUUCCUCUCCCAAAGAGUCCCAAGCAACUCCAGCCCCCAAAAGAGCCCCAGGUACCCCACUGCCCAAAGAGGCCUCCACUGCCCCAGCUGUGGCUCCUCCCUCCCCCAAAAAGUCCCAAGCAACUCCAACCCACAAAAGAGCUCCAGCAACUCCAUCCCCCAAAGGGGGCCAAGCAACCCCAUCCCCUAAAGAGACUUCCACUCCCCCAGCUGUGGCUCCUUCCUCCCCCAAAGAGUCCCCAGCUACCCCACCUCCUAAAGGGGCCUCCACUGCCCCAGCUGUGGCUCCUCUGUCCCCCAAAAGGGGCCCAGCAACCCCUAAAGAGACUUCCACUCCUCCAGCUGUGGCUCCUCCCUCCCCCAAAGAGUCCCCAGCUACCCAACCUCCUAAAGGGGCCCUCACUCCCCCAGCAGUGACUCCUUCCUCAAAAAAAUCCCCAGCUGCCCCAUCUAUCAAAGGGUCCCUUACUCCCUCAGCUGUGACUCCUUCCUCCCACAAAGAGUCUCUGGCAACUCCAGCCCCCAAAGGGGCCCCAGCAGCCCCAUCCCCCAAGGGGGCCUCCACUCCCCCAGCUGUGACUCCUUCCUCUCCCAAAGAGUCUCUGUCAACCCCAGCCCCCAAAGGGACCUCAGCAACUCCAUCCUCCAAAAGAACCCCAGGAGGAACCCCAUCCUCCAAAGGAGCCUCGGCAACUCCAUCCCCCAAGAGAGCCCCAGCUACCCCAUCCAGAGGUGCCCCCACUCCUUCAUCUGAGAUUCCUCCCUCCCCCAAAGAGGCCCCUACUUCUCCAGUUUCAGUCACAUGUCCCUUGGGGUCCAUUGCCCCUCAGGCUUUUAAAGGCCUACCAGUAAAGAAAGGCUCCACAGCUCUCAAAGCAGGACUUGUUGCCCCAGCCCCAGAAAGUGCACCAGUUGUCACAGCUCCCUCUGAGAAAGGUCCACUGGCCAAGAAGAGUUCUGCUACUUCACCUCCUCUGUGCCCAGAUCCUUCAGCUAAGAAUGGUACUAAAGGACCCCUUUCUACAAUGGGUCCAGCCCCGCUGACAGUCUCUGCUCAGAAAGUCUCUUCAAAGACUCCCAAAGCCCUCUCUGUUUCUCCAUUAAAAAGCAAAGAUUCUUUUCAUUCCCCAAAGAGCCCUUUGACUCUUCCUCUUGAGUCUGUGACAUCUACUCCUCUAGCAACAAUUUCCUCUGAGAAGGUCCUUCCUAAAGCUGGAUCAGCAUCUAUCCCUCCAGCACCCACCCCAUCAGUCUCUCUGCCUCUCACUCCCUCCCCAGUUCCCCCUCUGCUUCCUAAACAGCAGUUUCUGCCGUCCUCACCUGGGCUGGUGCUGGAAUCACCCUGUAAGCCCUCAGCCCCUGCUGAUGAGGAUGAGCUGCCGCCUCUGAUUCCCCCGGAACCAAUCUCGGGGGGAGUGCCUUUCCAGUCGGUCCUCGUCAACAUGCCCACCCCCAAACCUGCUGGGAUCCCUGCCCCAACCCCCUCUGCCAAGCAGCCUGUUCUGAAGAACAACAAGGGGUCUGGAACAGAAUCUGACAGUGAUGAAUCAGUACCAGAGCUUGAGGAACAGGAUUCCACACAGGCAACCACACAACAGGCCCAGCUGGCAGCAGCUGCUGAAAUCGAUGAAGAACCAGUCAGUAAAGCAAAACAGAGCCGGAGUGAAAAGAAGGCACGGAAGGCUAUGUCCAAACUGGGUCUUCGACAGGUUACAGGUGUUACAAGAGUCACUAUCCGGAAAUCUAAGAAUAUCCUCUUUGUCAUCACAAAACCAGAUGUCUACAAGAGCCCAGCUUCAGAUACCUACAUAGUUUUUGGGGAAGCCAAGAUAGAAUUGGUCAUGUCACAAGCAAAUGUGUCAAGAGCAAAGAAAUUCAAAGUUCAAGGUGAAGCUGUCUCAAACAUUCAAGAAAACACACAGACUCCAACUGUACAAGAGGAGAGUGAAGAAGAAGAGGUUGAUGAAACCGGUGUAGAGGUUAAGGACAUAGAAUUGGUCAUGUCACAAGCAAAUGUGUCAAGAGCAAAGGCAGUCCGAGCCCUGAAGAAC